AGUUGCAGUCAGUUAUUAGCGAGCGCUACUCCCAGCAACAGCAACACCGCUCAGCAGCAACAGCAACACAAACCACUCAAAGGAGCGACAGAGACAGGGAUACACACUCCACUCGCCCCGUUUCGCUUCGAUUUUCAACUGUUUGAGUCGGAGAGCGGCGAACGGCCAACGAAUUCAGUUUGUGUCGAGACGUCGUCGGUGGCACGUCGCAACCAAAAGAACGCUCAGUUGAAGGCGAAAAGAAAAGAUACAGAUACACAGAUACAGAUACAGAUACAGAGUGCCAGACCAAAGUGAACCGCGAACAGCAAACGCAACACAGCACAGCCAAAACCAAAUAGACAAGCCGGGCCAAAACAGACAGUAUAAUGUCUUCCACUUCGGCCUCGCCCAUCAGCAACAUCACCGUGGACGACGAGCUCAACCUGAGCAGAGAACAAGACUUUGCCGAGGAGGACUUCAUAGUGAUCAAGGAGGAGCGCGAGACGAGUCUCUCGCCGAUGCUGACGCCCCCGCACACGCCCACCGAGGAGCCGCUGCGGCGAGUGCAUCCGGCGAUCAGCGAGGAGGCGGUGGCCACCCAGCUGCACAUGCGGCACAUGGCCCACUACCAGCAGCAGCAGCAGCAGCAACAGCAGCAGCAGCAGCAACACCGCCUCUGGCUGCAGAUGCAGCAGCAGCAGCAGCAUCCUGCCCCACAGCAGUACCCCGUCUACCCGGGAGCCACCGCCGAUCCCGUGGCGGUGCACCAGCAGCUGAUGAACCACUGGAUCCGCAACGCAGCCAUCUACCAGCAGCACCACCAGCAGCAGCAGCAGCACCCGCACCACCACCACCACCCGCACCACCCACACUCCCACUCGCACUCGCACCCCCACUCGCAUCCGCACCACGUGCGUCCCUACCCCGCCGGCCUCCACGGACUCCACGCGGCGGUGGUGGGGCGGCACUUCGGGGCGAUGCCCGCGCUGAAGCUGGGAGCCGCCACCAGCAGUCCCGGAGGCGCCACCGGCAGCAGCCGCCCCAAGAAGCAGUUCAUCUGCAAGUACUGCAACCGGCAGUUCACCAAGUCCUACAACCUGCUCAUCCACGAGCGGACGCACACGGACGAGCGGCCCUACUCCUGCGACAUCUGCGGCAAGGCCUUCCGGCGGCAGGAUCAUCUGAGGGACCACCGGUACAUCCACUCCAAGGACAAGCCCUUCAAAUGCAGCGACUGCGGCAAGGGCUUCUGCCAGUCGCGCACGCUGGCCGUGCACAAGGUGACCCACCUGGAGGAGGGUCCCCACAAGUGCCCCAUCUGCCAGCGGAGCUUCAACCAGCGGGCCAACCUGAAGAGCCAUCUGCAGAGCCACAGCGAGCAGGGCGCCAAGGAGGUGGCCUCCAGUUCGAGCUCCUCCUCGGUGGUGGUGCCAAGCCAGGCAUUGAGUUCGCCUCAACCUGAGAACUUGGCCCAGCACCUGCCAGUGUUGGACCUCUCCUCCUCCUCCGCCUCGUCAGCCUCCUCCGCGGGAUCCUCGGAGAAGCCCAAGCGAACGCUGGGCUUCACCAUCGACGAGAUCAUGAGCAGAUAGACUGGAGCCGCCCCAUCCGAACCUGGUUUCGAGUUCCAGAAUCAGAGAUUCAGACAGCCCCGCCAGGCAUGGGAAGUGCCUGGAUUGGAGAGUCAGCCGCGUCCUGGCCGAGUGGCAAGUGGAGCAGUUGGCCAGUCGCCUUUGCAACCCAGUGAGCAGCCGAGUCAUCCUCCGUGCAAUCGGUUCUAUAUAGCCAGCGGAUAUAGCAACCCCAUUGCGCCGAACCAAUGCCAAAGCCAAGUAGCAGAGCAAACUGAUGAGAAACUAGAGAAGAAGAAGUAUUGAUAGCACAGCCUCCUACAAAACAAUUCCAAAUCACACACACAAACAACUGUAAACUAUAUAGUAUAAUAAAUCGUAUAACUGUA